AUGGGCACGACUUCGAUGCAGAAGAGCUGGCGCAAGGCGUGCGGCGCGAUCAAGGACUCCACCACCGUCGGCCUCGCCAAGGUCAACAGCAGCCGCGACGAUCUGGACGUGGCCGUGGUGAAGGCCACCAGCCACGUCGAGCGCCCGCCCAAGGACCGCCACCUCAGAUUUUCCUGUUCUGACCAAUCGUGCAUUCCGCGCCACGGUGCGGUCGUCGUCGUUGCAGAGAUCAUCGGCGCUCGCUCCCGCGCCGACGUCUCGUACUGCGUCCAGGCCCUCGCCAGGCGCCUGGCGAACACGAGCAACUGGGUGGUGGCGCUGAAGGCGCUGGUGGUGAUCCACAGGGCGCUCCGGGACGGCAGCAGCGGCGCGUUCGCGGAGGAGCUGCUGGGCCACGGGCGGCAGAGGGGCCAGACGCUGCAGAUGUCGAGCUUCAAGGAUGACUCCAGCCACCUGGCCUGGGACUGCUCCGCGUGGGUGCGCACCUACGCGCUCUUCCUCGAGGAGCGGCUCGAGUGCCUCGCCGUGCUGCGCUACGACGUCGAGGCGGAGCGGCUCAGGCCUCCGGCGCCGGCGGCGUCGGAGAGGGCGCCUCCCAAGGGACAGAGCAGGACGAGAAGCCUGGGCAAAGACGAUCUCCUUGAGCAGCUGCCGGCGCUUCAGCAGCUGCUCUUCCGGCUCGUCGGCUGCCAGCCUGAAGGAGCAGCGUUUGGAAACUACCUCAUUCAGUAUGCUCUAGCUCUGGUGAUGAAGGAGAGCUUCAAGAUUUACUGCGCGGUCAACGAUGGGAUCAUCAACCUUGUGGAUGUGUUCUUCGACAUGAACAAACUUGAUGCUAUCAAAGCUCAGGACAUCUACAGAAGAACCGGAAAUUUGCCACCGCCAUCGUUUCUUGCGACGAUGGAAGAGUACAUUAGAGAAGCCCCCAGAACUAUGCAUGCUGUAAAUAAGACCAUCGAAUACCGGCAGCUGGAGUUCGUCGCAGACCAGGAAGAACAACCAACACCUCAGGCACCCUGCGAGGCCGCGUUCGAAGAACUUGCCGUGGAGGAACCGCUGCCGGAGCCAGUAGACGAAGAACCCCAUCCUGUAGCUGAGGCUGCAGUUGAACCGGAACCUACCACGACCACUUUCGAUUUUCUGGGUUUACACGAGGUGAGCUCUGCUGCCUCUGAGCUCGAGGAGAGCAAUGCGCUGGCGCUAGCCAUUAUGGCACCAGGUGGUAGGAGCAACGCAUCUCCCUCUGCUGCCUUUGACAUGGCUGGAUCUUCAGGCUGGGAGCUGGCGUUGGUCACGGCACAGACAGCCAGCAGCGGCAACCAAUUGACAGAGAUGAAGCUGGCUGGGGGUUUCGACGGCCUGCUGCUCGAAAGCCUAUACGAGGACGCGGCGAGGAGGCAGCAGCAACAGCAGGCGACCUACACUACAGAUCCAACUGGGGACCCAUUUGCCGCGUCGACAAGUGUCGCGCCACCGACUGAUGUUCAGAUAUCCAUGAUGGCACAUCAGCAGCAAGAGCUGUUUGGGAUGCCAUUGCAGCAGCCUCAGUCGUAUGCUGCUGCCGCACCUUGUCAGUCUCAGGCCAAUCCUUUCGGUGACGCCUACUCUGCUAUAUUGCCCCUGCCCCAGGGCAACCCCUUCCAGGGCAGCUUGAUCUGA